CGCUCUCUGUUGCCGCGGGAUUGAGCAGCGGGUUGGCUGAGUUGCUGGGGAGAGUGAGAGCGGAGGAAGUCUGAUCCCGCCGGCUCGCCGUCGUAAGCGUGGCGGCCAUCUUGUGCGGGAGGCGAUCGGUGCGCGGUCCGGUGGUGGUAGCGAAGGACGGAGGCGGCUGUGCUUUCCCACUUCCUGCCGUCGCCUUCUCUAGCAGCUGCUGCUGGGGGUGCUAUGUCCGCCGAGAGCCCGGAGCCCGCCUCGGCAGAGGAGCAGAAGGAAAUGGAAGAUAAGGUGAUCAGUCCAGAAAAAGUUGAAGAAGCAAAAUUGAAAGCAAGAUAUCCUCAUCUAGGCCAAAAGCCUGGGGGUUCAGAUUUCUUGAGGAAGAGGCUUCAGAAAGGACAAAAAUACUUUGAUUCUGGGGAUUACAACAUGGCUAAAGCAAAAAUGAAGAACAAGCAACUCCCUACCGCAGCUCCCGACAAGACAGAAGUGACUGGUGAUCACAUUCCCACUCCACAGGACCUUCCUCAGCGGAAACCAUCUCUUGUUGCUAGCAAGCUGGCUGGCUGACUAGAAUGGCUGAACUGCAUGAAUCUUCUCAUUCCCAUUUUCUCCUGAAUAGUUAUUCCUCACUUUUUUUUUUUCUUCCCCCUCCCCCUUACACUAAGUCAUUGAGACUGACAGCUUUGCAGGUAGUGGUAGCGUGUGCUGCUAUUGUAAGGGAGUACUGUUGAGAGUAAAAUGUGUAGUACUUGGACUAGUUGAGAACAAUGCACUGAUAAAAAGGACAGGUUUGGUUAGAGCAAUGUAAAGUAAUUUACUUGAAAAUGUACAUAUUGCCUAUUUCCUAGUGUAGGACUGGUUUCAGCAAGUGACAUAGCAAGUUUUACAAUUUUUAAUGUUUCUGCUUUCCUUAUUUCACCUUAAUUGCAACAUAGUAUGUUUGUAUUUAAAAUAACUACCUGUUGUGUUGCUUUUUCUUCUGUGUUUGAUUUCUGUUUUGUUCUCUAAAAUAGAGGUUUAGACCACAAGUUGCUAGAAGGUAAAGCAUGUCUAAAAACAAUACCGGGGCUCUGAAUGAAUAUGUGUAUCUGCUCUUGAACUUGAAUGGCCUUAAACCUGUUUCAGCUUUAACAAUAGACUUUUACUUGGGCAAUAUUUGCCCAUUCUCAUGUAACUCUUGUGAACCUAGUGCUUAUUUACAACUGCCUGUUGAAGCUGGUAUUCUUUUCAGUUCUGUAGUGUAGAACACACUUUUGUUGAAGAUGUGAAUGAAGUGUGCAUGUGCAUAGACUGUUGAAUUCACUCUUGUGCCAUUUUUGUAAAUACAAUAGUUUUGCACAACCUUUUGCAAUUGUCUAUUAAUUUUACAUUUUAAAAAGCAGAAUGUGCCAGUUAGAAGCACAAGUGAUUCUGUACCUUUGAAAGUCACAGCCUGAAAUUCUUUGCUCAGAAUCUUGCUGCUGAACGUAACAAACUUGUAUACCCAGGAUUCAUGAAACACUUAAUAUAGACACUUGAUUGAGUUGGUCUUAACCUUAUGCUUUUGCAGCUGUAUUUUUUGUGUGUGUAACAACCUCCAAUGUUCAUAUAUGGUAAUCUGAAUUAUGUACCUAUGGGCAUUCAAAGGCAGGUGUCCAUUCUGUUCAGUAUCUUUUAAAUCUAUAGCCUUUAAAGUUGAAAUGCUUUGUGGGAUAUUUGGAAUAUAGAGGAAAUAAAUGUAUGAAAACCUGUACUGUUCUUGAGGGGUUCCCCUGAUGACAGCAUUCAAAACUACUAGGGUUACUAAGAAAUUAGACCGGCAUUAAUGCAUUUGGAAUAUUUAACAUUUUUAAUUGAAAGGAUUUGAAAUCUUGUUUUGCUGAACUCUUAAGGUGAUGAUAUAAUAUAUAGACUUAUUGAUGGGACAUCUUAGUUCUUUGUGUUGCACAACAAACCCUAACUGGUUUUGAUCAACACCAAGAAUAGGAACUUGUAUUAUGCACUGUGAUCUAUUGAUUAAUACAAGAUGUGUCUAUUGAUAGAUAAUAUUGUAGUUUGUCAUUUCGGUAAAUAAGGAUAAAUUUCACUUUCUAUGUAGACAAUGCAGGUCAUGUGGGGACCUAAAUUGCUAGAUACAGCAGGUAAGACUUGGAAGCUACCAAAAUAUAAAUGUAAUUACAUGAUAUCGGGAAGCUAACUGAGCCUGGGCACAAUAUGAAUCAGAACUUGCUCUUUUAGCUGGAUCAGGUAUUAGUUAAUGUAGUGCUUGCUCUAUAAUGCUUCCUAAAAACCAAUUAACAACAAGGCUAUAAGUUCCUCUUUUGAAAGGAGGAGUUCAGAAUUGUUCCUUCCUUCCCCUCCCAAAAAAUCACCUCUCUAAGAAGACAAGAGUCUUGGAUAGCUUGCUUUUGUCAUUCACUUCUUAAAGGAAAACUGCAGCACAAUUCCUUUGUGUAAACCCAGCCCCAUCACAAGCAUUCAUAAAAGAAUAUUCUAAUUACAAUAUGCAUUUAAAAAAUCUUCUGUAUUGUAAUCAUCCAAAAAAAAAAAAAAGCUUGUGGGGGAAAUGACCACUGAAGAAAAAUUAGACUAAUCUUUCUUCUUUUCAAUGCCCCAUCCCAAAGACAGACUAAAAGGUCAGAAAACAAACAAGGAAAAACUUAGUUAAGCUUAACUCAGACCUAUUUGACCAUGCACUAUGAUCGUUUCCAUAGGCACCGAGCACCUGCAGCUCUCAUUGACUUCACCCAUUUUGAAAAUUCUGGUCUCUUCUCAUAAAAGAUGUAGCGGUAGAUAUGUUAAUUAUGCGUAAGGUAGGUUUAGAUGAUAUAAGGGUAUCGGUGCAGGUUUAAUUUGCAUAAUCUUGUCAGUUUAUUUGACCCUCCCCCAUUAUGGUCAAAGGAGGACACUCAUCCCAGAGAAUUUCCAAAUCACAAAGAAAUCUGUUCCUUCUUACGUGUCUUUUUUUAUAGGUCUUUUUGCUACUAAUUCAUUAAGGAUAUGCUAAUUACAGUCCACUUUUUCCUUAUCUUCCAUUAAGAUUAUAACAAAUUUGUGAAUAUUUUUCAUGGGAACAGACUAAAUAAACAGUAAAAUUGAUACCCUGUUUCCAUAAGUAAAAAGUUAAUCUGGGAAAGGAGAACGGUCUUAUCAAAUCAUAAGUGCAUACCACAAUAGCAAGGAAAUAUCUAAAUAUAUAGAUGUAAACCUCUUUUUAUAGAUGUCUGUCCUAAUGUGAAAAUCCUUCCUUAUUUUUGUAUGUAUGACUGAAAGCAAAUGAAAAAUUAGACCUACUGAUAGGAUUUAAGAUUUGGUCUGAAACAAGAUUCUAACAAUUGAAAGUGACUCAAUGUGCAUUGUCGGUGACGCAACACAGUAACUCACCGGGUGAGUUGUCUUGACGUUUAGGGAGGUAAAAAUGGCUUAAAUUUAACAUUCCAUUCAGUCAGCUAUAAUUCACUAUUUUGUACCAUUGAUUAGACACCAAAUGCUCCUUGUCCAUUCCGUGGCUUGCAGUUCUUAAAGUUGUAACAAAUGCCAUUAUAGAUGAUCCAUGAGAAAUAUAUAUUUGAAGUACUGUUUUACUAACCAGGGAAUGACUGAUUGUGAGCCUUAACCUCUUCUGAUAAACCUCAGCAGCAGGCACAGCUAGUUUGAUUAUAUACAUUAAUGAUGAAGCCCAAUAAUCGCUUCACAGUAGAUCAAACUUGACUGCUAAUCUACAUCUACCUUCAUCUUACUCUAGCAAGAUAACUAAGCUAUCCAAACUAGUGUACAUAAUGUAUAAUAUGAGUUUUGCCAUUUGGUAAAUAACCUUUUUCAGAGAUCUAUCUGCCCUGUAGCCUGGUAGUCCCUUUCCUAUCUUGCCUUUAAGGAUAGGCAGUGAUUAGCUAGUAGUACUCAUGUAGGUUUAUUAUACAUUAGCAAGUAGCACCAACAUCUUAUUCAAAAUAGUUGCAAGUGGAUUAAUUAACAGCUUAGAAGAUAUGUCCCCAAACCUAUAGCACUGAAGGCUUCCCUCAUUGUUCAUGGUACUGUAGGACCGUGUUUGUGCAAAGGCCCCAGGAGUGCUGUUUUGUUGGACAUAUUCUUUAUACCCACUCAAGAAGUUAAGGUGACAAAAUGUCAAUUGCUUCUUACAAACAUACACGUUGUAUAGUAUACAUAAUAAAUUGAUCUUAUUAGUUUUUAUUGUGAUGUGCAAAUUUGUCUUGUCUUUACCAUUGUCUCCUAAACCAUUUUACAUAUCUUAAUCUUUAUGAAAAAUUUCUAGAACCCAAAUCUUGCUCUUCUGUAUCACUAAAAGUAUGACUGGGCCUCAGUUUCUAGUAUGUUGGACUACAGAACUACCUUAAUGUGACCAUGUUUAUAUAUCAGCGCUUAUUUGUCUAACAUAGGCAAUUAAAACUUACUGUUUGAAAAUUUUAA